AUAACGUGACGUCAAACUUCAUUCACAUGGCUUGGCGAACUUCAUCAUUGCACAAUUCCAUGUAAAAGUUCUUUAUUUAAGCCAGUGACAUUAUUUACAAAUUUCUCAUGUGAGUAUUUUGAAAACAGAGGUUGUAAAGUAGGAAGUAAGGAGCCAUCUUGGCUUAAAACGCCUUUUCUGGGGCGGAAUUUGACUGUAAACCCUUCACCAUACGGGAAGGGGACGACACGCGUGACGAAGGUAUUUCCGUCGUGUCUACCUGUUGGAUUCAGCAAUAAACCAUGGCCACGAACGGUGUAGAUGGGGGCGAGUCAAGCGCCGACAGAAAUGUAGAAAUCUGGAAAAUAAAGAAACUGAUCAAGAGUCUUGAAGCGGCAAGAGGAAAUGGAACAAGUAUGAUUUCAUUAAUCAUCCCACCGAAAGAUCAGAUAUCUCGAGUCAACAAAAUGUUGGCUGAUGAAUUUGGGACAGCGUCCAACAUCAAGAGUCGAGUAAACAGGCUGUCCGUGUUAGGGGCAAUUACAUCUGUACAGCAGAGACUCAAAUUAUACAACAAAGUUCCUCCCAAUGGUCUUGUAAUAUACUGUGGCACAAUCAUUACGGAGGAGGGGAAAGAAAAGAAAGUCAACAUUGACUUUGAGCCGUUCCGGCCGAUCAACACAUCCUUGUAUUUAUGUGACAAUAAAUUCCACACAGAGGCCUUGACAGCACUAUUAGCUGAUGACAACAAAUUCGGGUUCAUCGUGAUGGAUGGUAAUGGAGCUUUGUUCGGCACACUAUCAGGAAACACAAGGGAGGUCCUUCACAAGUUCACAGUUGAUCUGCCAAAGAAGCAUGGGAGAGGAGGUCAGUCAGCCUUGCGUUUUGCCCGUCUCAGAAUGGAAAAACGACACAACUACGUCAGAAAAGUUGCAGAAGUCGCAGUACAGCUAUUCAUCUCAAACGACAAACCAAACAUUGCAGGUUUGGUCCUUGCUGGUUCAGCUGACUUCAAAACAGAACUUAGCCAGUCCGAUAUGUUUGACCCUAGGUUACAAGCAAAAAUUAUCAAAAUAGUUGAUGUCUCAUAUGGAGGUGAAAAUGGCUUCAACCAAGCAAUAGAACUGGCAUCGGAUGCCUUAGCCAACGUCAAAUUUAUACAGGAAAAGAAACUCAUAGGUCGGUAUUUUGAUGAGAUUUCCCAGGACACGGGCAAGUUCUGUUUUGGUGUGGAGGACACGCUGAGGGCGAUGGAGAUGGGAGCAGUGGACAUACUCAUUGUGUGGGAGAACCUGGACAUCCAGAGGUUCACGCUCAAAAACCAUCAAACUGAUGAGGAGAAAGUCAUUUUCUUGAAGCCAGAACAGGAAAAGGACAAAACGUACUUCACAGACAAGGAUUCGGGAGUGGAACUCGAGCUAGUGGACCAGAUGCCCUUACUGGAGUGGUUUGCCAACAACUACAAAAACUAUGGUGCCACACUUGAAAUCAUUACAGACAAGUCCCAAGAAGGAGCCCAGUUCGUGAAAGGAUUUGGAGGCAUUGGAGGAAUUCUUCGGUAUCAAGUGGAUUUCCAGAGUUUGUGUGCCCAGUUUGAUGAAUACGAUGACUAUGACCUCGACGAUUAUUAAAGGACUUGUCCCAAAACUUACUGAUGAGGAGUUGGACGCAACUGGGCAAGAAAAGUUGUCGACGGGAAACAUCUUCUAUAGAAUUGUAUCUCAGGAUCUGCCACUACAUUCUAGUGUUACAAACAAGCCAUGGCACACCUAUGCUCUUAUUGGGAUGUGCAGGAAACAAUUGAUGGCCAAGUCCAUUUAUUGUCAGAAGGGAAAUCAGGUCACUUUUGACCUUUUCCUUUUGAUCUGUUUAAUGUUCAUAUGUUAAACAUUUGAACGGGAACUGAGAAAUUCUGUGAUCACAUUGUGAAUUCAGUUCCACAUUUGCUAAAGAAAUUAAUUUAAUAUGACAACUUGUUUGCAUGUGAGAAACCUAGCUUAUGUUAAUGUAUGAUAUAAAUUUGUAAACGACCAUGAAGCUUAAGGCUGUAAUGAAUAAAUUACUGGACAGAUUAAUCUUUGUGUCUAUAAACCACUCUCCCGUAAAGUGCAUCUUAAUGUCAUAUUUAGUUUUUCUAAGAAUUUGCUGCAUUAAGGUCAAUAAAAUAUUUACUUGAAUAAAAUAAAAUUACCUCAAUUUGAAAAUGUCAUUGAGUUGUUGUCCUCUAAAUUCAGAAUUAUAUUGAAAACACCUGCUUCAACUCAAUAUGACCACAGUUAAUGUAUAUUGCUGUGUGAUAUGGUCAAGUGGCAGAAUCAAGGCCAAACCCUUCUCUCACUCAUGGUUCACCAUCCAGUGCAUAGAUCCCUUAUUCGCUAACAAUCAUCCCUUUAGCAAUGAGUCUGUGAGUUGCUUAAAGCAGAAAUAAGUUUUUCAACUAGGCAUUACUCGAUAAAAAAUGUUGACAUAAGGAUUGACUUCUGGCAAUGAAAACUCCUAUGAGUCACAUCCUUACCACAUAUGAGUUUAUACAUAUGCGUAUUGCAUUCUACACAGUGUGUUUGGUCAGUUAUCAGCGUUUGUGGGGAUUGAAUAUUGUAAUGGAAGGACAAAGCAGGUGUUUUUAUAUGUAUUCCUGAAAGACAGUAAUAGCAAUACAGGGAGCACUGAAUUAUUAUUUUUAUUCAAUGCCUAAUUUCUUUUGAUAUGAAUCCGGUAUUUUUGAAGCAACAGAAUAUUAGUUUGCAAAGUUAAUGACAUCUUGUUUUUGCUUCACACUGUGUGAAAAAGGUAACGAUUCUGGAUUAAAGCAUUACAAUGAAUAUAUUGGUCUUCAAGUCUGAGAUGAAUUCAUAAAAGCUGUUUCUCAAAGUGUUUAGAAGAACAAUAUAUGUUGAGAUCAAGCACAAAAACAUUUAUGGCAACAAUUUGGAAAUUGCUUGAAAUAUACACAGUCUAGUAAUUUAUUCUUCAUGGUCUUGUUGGUAGCUGUUUUUAUUGAGAGUCUUGCUUUUGACAAAAACCUUGUACAUCCAUAUUUCUUUUGUCAAAGUUGUCAAUAUUCUUGCAUGUAAUGGGAAUGGGAUAACUCAUGUUGAAAUGCACCAAAAGUGAAUACAUGAAAAGUAAUGAACACAUUUCAUCAUGAAUCAUCAAGAAGCAUGGGUUUUAUUUUGGGUUGACGUCCACCAUUGUCAUAACGAGCCAAGUCAGCUGUACACCCUAGUUCCUCACAUUGCCUAUUUGCCAUGGUAUCCAUGGUCAACUUUGAUUGUUUUUUUUCUUCAGAAAUUGAGAUGGCAAACUAUUCGUAAAAACAUAGUAACCAAAAUACUGAGUUAACAUUUCCCUGAGAAUGGUAUCGGUAAUUACAAAUCACCUGAAUUAUGCUAGUGGAAGGGGAGGUAAUCAGAAUAUGGUCACAUACCAAGUAAACUGUUUUCAUACAGUUUUUUGCUUGAAUGAACUCAAAUUCUGAUUGAUCCUCAGCUGCUUUUCAUUUGCUGGUUUUUGUUCAUGGGAAAUGGUACUUUUGCCAGACUUCUUGAAAGUUUGGGUAAAGGUUUUUAAAUAUUGUUAAAAAUGCUUCUUUGGUACAAUGUUAGUGUUUUCUUUAUUUUGAUAGUAUGUUGUGCAGAUUUCACAGAUAUAGAUUUCCAGCCAUUUAUAUGAAAUACCUCAACUUCAUGCUUUAAUAACAAUUAUUUGUCUUACGUAAAAUAACUCAGGAUAAGUCUUUUUGAGUUGUAGAAAGUCGUUGAGAAACACUGAAAUGCAAAAACUUGUUAGCCUUUCUAUUUCUUUUUUUUCUAAAGCGGGAAAGGUUUUUGUCCAGUUAAUAAAUCCCAGAUUACACAUGAUACAAAUCUCAUGUCGAGAAUUGUUUCAAUUCUGAAUUUGAAGAAUAAACCUGAAUGAUUCCUUACCCCUUGUGUAUUUAUUAUUUGCCUAUGGUUAGAUGGAUACGGAGAUGAAUAUUUAUGAUCGUAAGAACUAAAAAACUCCAUUUCCAGGUAUUCAUUGUGUUUCUCUAAUGUGCUUUCUUAGGUUUGAUAUGACUCUUGUAAGCUUGUUGUGAAAGUCAAUUCUUGGCGAUCAUUCCAUUGGCGGCUUCCAUUUGGGACACAAAGUUGUAUAAACUUGAAAAUAAAUGGCAAUAAAUCUUAAGACCUCCUUUCUAAUUGAACCUUCUAGGUCCUUAGUAAUUCAUGUAUUUGUAGAUUUAUUCAAAAUCACACAAUCCUGGAGUUGGGAGUUGACAUGACGGAUGACUAGGUGUUAUCAGCUGCCAAUAAUCAGAAUAUUUUCACACUAUUGAUAAACAGCUAUGUUAUCUACAGGCUAGUUAUUUAUUACUAUUCUUGAUCACGUGUAAUGAUGGUCGUGGAAAAUGGAUACCCAGUAUCCAUCUUUAUGGUUUGCUAUGCAAUUGGCCAAGACCUAUGACCUAUAGUGACAGUAUUUGUUCUGUGAAUAUUUCUUAAUCCAUUUAUUAUUUUGUCUUUGUGAAAAAGACCGAAGACUGAAAUUAUUGGCAUAUUUUACUGAUUCCUGACUGUGACAUCUUGUUCCAGUUAUUUAAUAUUUGCUUGUCCUAUUGUUGGAGCCUGAGCUGAUGAAUUCACUGGUUUGAAACAAAGUGGAACUUUAGUAGAAUUAAAUUACAGAAAGAUCUUAUCUGCAGGAUGACUGGGGCAAUGGGGUAGUCUAGUUGUUGAAGCGUUUGCUCAUCACGCUGAAGACCCGGGUUUGAUUCCCAACAUGGGUACAAUGUGUGAAGCUCAUUUCUGGUAUCCCCAUCCGUGAUAUUGAACGAAUAUUGCUAAAAGUGGUGUAAAAUUGUACUCUCGCACACUCAUUGGCUGAUUUUCUUUUGACAAGUUGAAAAUAUAAUUUGAAAGCAUCUGUUCGUUUGUAUUGAUCAGUUUCGUGAAAGUAACCAGAUGUAGAAACACUGAAUCUAAGAAACUUUUAUGAAUAAUUAUUUUCAGAUGACCUAAGUGAUAUCUGGAAGAAAAUUAAUGUUUGGAUUAAUGAUGGUGAUGCAUCGCAUGUGUAUGACAACGUUAUUGUGGGUUGGUUGUUUGUUAUGUCCGGCAGGUUAAAAGUUGAAAUGUAAAUGAAUUUAUUUUGACCAUGCAAGUGGCAUUACCAGUUUGGCACUUGGGGUCAAGGUUUCUUGGUUUUACAACCAAUAUUUAGUUUCAUUCUGACCGCGAAAAUUAGGAAUCAGAGUGGAACGUCAAAAGCUUAUGUUGAUCAUAGAAACUCAAUGAGUUUAUUUAAAUAAUGUCGAACUUGUGACGUAUGAUUGGUUUUUAGCUGAGCUGUCAUGCAUGACUAUGCCAGGUGGCUUGCAGUGGUCUUCACCUCACGAGAUAUGUCCGAUGUAGGCUUCAGAAUGAGUUUCCAUAUUUGAGGUUUCGAUUGUCAUGGUUCUGUUUAAUUCAUCUGACGUGGGAUAAUUGAAAAAACGGAAAAAUAAAAAUAUGGGGAAAUGGAAAUAUGUUGCGUUGUGUAUGACCACACAUGGCAGUAGACUAAGAGUCGUGACAUGUCGACAAAUAACAUUUUAACGCACAUCCUGCCAGGGACUACUAGGUGAAGGAGUCCCUUGUAGCUGGUGGAAACAGCUGUUAAGCUCUUGCUGGGAAUAAGGUAUUAUAGUUGAGAUGGGAUGAGACUUUGCAUAUAAUGACGAUGCCAUAAUCAGAAGCUGUAAUGAGGAUGGAAGUAACAUACUGGACAAAACAAAUCUUGGAAUUACCGAGUAUGGAUGAACAAUUUGUGAUUUAAUGUGACUAAAAUACAGAUGUUAAUCUUAUGUUACACAUCUUAGAUAUAUGAAGAAUUUCAUUGUCAAUCAAUAUUUUGAAGGUUGCUCAUAUCUCUUUCAGUUUGGAGAAAGGCUUGAUUGGUAAUGGUAUGGCAUGGAAAUAGUAUUUCUAGAGUUUAAUAUUAAUCUUGUGUAAUUAUUCAUGCCAUUUUGUGUGGCAGCAACAAAAUCUAGCACGUUGAAAGAGCUGGACAUAUAGCUUUUGGAUGAAAUAUUGUUAGUCAUGCCAAUUUAUUGUAUAUAAUUAUAUAGGGUAAUAUUAAAUCGGAUUGGUUUGGGUAUAGGAAUUAAUUGCUGAAUGAUCAUUACCCCCUGAAUUGUUCAAUUUCACUUGACAAAAUUCUAUAAAUAAAAUUCAGUUUUUCUA